AAUGUGGAAAUGUAAAAUUUGUGGAAUUACAGUUUCUGCAAGAUCUAAAUUACUAAAACAUCACAGACUGCAGCACAGACAUUAUGGUCGUAGUCAGCGAUAUUCUUGUACAUAUUCAGACUGUCCAUGUUCAUUCAAGACAUGGAAUGCUCUACUGAUUCAUCUAAGUAGAAAUCAUGCUUCACGCUCAGGAGUAAAUGACAAACGAAGGUCUACCUUCAGUUGUCAUUUGUGUGCAUGCAGUAAUCUUGCAUCAGAAAGAGAAUACUUUGUUCACAUAAACAGUCAUUUGAAGAGAAAUGAAACCGUUCAUUGCAUGUUUUAUGGCUGUAAUUUUCAAUCAAAUGUAUAUGGAACUUUUAAGUCACAUAAAAACAGAAAACACAGCCCACAUGCACUAAAUGACUUUAAGUUUGGUGUAGUUACCAUGUCUGAACAAUUAGCAGAGUCUGGAGAUGAAGCCGUUCAAGAUUUUGACAGUGAGGUCAGUGGUUUGUCUUUGGAUGAUGACAGUGAAAUGGCUAAUGACACUGAUGUUGUUGUUCAAAAUUUAGCAGCAAUGCUGUUAAAACUGGAACAUCUUGUACAUGUUCCUUCUUUAGCCAUUGAUGAUUUUUUGGAAGAGAUGCAUUACCUGUUAAAUUCUGUGUCCGUUCCUCUCUCAGUUGCCAGUGUACAGCAGGUGUUGGAAAAACAUGAACUUCGUGUUGAUGAAUGUGUUAUAAAGGAAAUAGCCGAUACCAUCGCAUCCAACCCAUUACACUCAGCCAUAGGCAGAGGCGGUUCUUUAUGCACUACCUAUAAGCGCAAGCAGUUUUAUAAGGACAACUUUAGUGUUGUGGAACCUGUUGAGUACUGCCUUGAUGAACAACAGACUAACACCUUUCAGUACGUUCCAAUUUUGAAGUCUUUGCAGCUGCUCUUGACUAAGCAGGACAUUGUUGACAGAGUUGUUGAAAACCACAGAGCAAGAACUAGUCCAGCCAGUUGCAGCAGCCAUGAUUACAGGUCAUUUCAGGAUGGUUCCCACUUCAAAGAAAACAGUUUGUUGUCUGGGAAAGACUUAACAAUUUCAUUAACUUUAUAUGCAGAUGAUUUCGAAGUGUGUAACCCACUUGGGACAUCCAGAAAAAAACAUAAGCUCUUUGCUGUGUACUGGAUUUUGAGCAAUUUACCCCCAGGCUCCCAUUCCUCUCUCUCCUCAAUCUAUUUGGCUGUCCUGUGCAAAAGUGAGGAUUUGAAACACUAUGGGUAUGAGAAAGUUCUUGAGCCUCUUCUGCGUGAUCUUUCAAUUCUUGAAAAAGAUGGCUUAUUCAUUCAUCUUCUUGGAACCUUUAUUAAAGGUACUGUUUAUUGCGUGGUGGCAGACAACCUAGCAGCUCAUGGUAUGGCUGGCUUUGUUGAAAGCUUUUCAGGAGAGUUCUUUUGUCGGUUUUGUUUAGGGAAAAGUUCUGAUGUGCAGGCAAAAGAAGUUCAGUCUGGUGCAUUCAACCACAGAACCAAAGAAGUUCAUAAAGAUCAUGUGAAAACGGCACAGGAAAAAGGUACAAGCUGUUGUGGAGUGAAAAGAGAUUGUGUUUUUACUAAGCACCUCUCUCAUUUCAAUGUGUUGUCAGCUUAUCCACCAGAUGUGCUACAUGACAUUUUUGAGGGUGUGGUGCCCGUGGAACUUGCACAGUGCUUGGCUUUGUUGAUAUCCAAGAAACACUUUACACUGGAAAGCCUCAAUAAAUAUAUUCUUCAAUUUCCCUACAAAUGGGAAGACCAGAAGAACAAGCCUCAUGCAAUUCCAUUCACAUUUUCACGUCGUAACACAAUUGGGGGAAACGCCCAUGAAAAUUGGAGCAUGAUCAGAUUUCUCCCUUUUCUGAUUGGACAUGUUGUACCUGAAGGUGAGCCCGCAUGGCAGGUGCUAAUGGACCUGAAGGAUAUUGUUGAGUUGGUGGUUUCCCCAGUCCACACAGAUGAAUCCAUAUCCUAUCUUGAGAUGAAAAUUUCUGAACACAGGCAGAGAUAUCAAGAACUUUUCCCAGAUGUCAAACUUCUGCCAAAACAUCAUUUUUUGGAACAUUACCCUGAGAUGGUAAAAACGUUUGGCCCUCUUGUCCAUUUAUGGACUAUGCGUUUUGAAGCAAAACACAGCUUUUUUAAGCAGGUCACACGACAUACAAAUUGCUUCAAAAAUGUUCCCCGCUCACUCGCUGUAAAACAUCAGCUAAUGAUUUCUUACCACUUGAAAAGUAGUCAUGAAAAAGGAACACUGGAAGUUUCGACUGCAUCUCCAGUUCCUCUUGAUGUUUUGCAGACAGAGGUAGCUCAGAUGAUCAAAGACAAAUACCCAAAUGUAUCUGAGGUCCAUAUUGCUAAGAGCGUCUCUAGCAAGGGUAUGAACUUCAGAAAUGGUAUGAUCCUGGCACAUGAUACUACAAGUGGCCUCCCUGACUUUGGAGAAAUUGUUCAGAUUUGUGUAGUUCAAGAGACAUUGUGCUUCAUACUGAGGCGAUUGUGUGGUUGGUACAGAGAACAUUUCAGGGCCUUUGAGCUUAGUGUAUCACCAACAAGAGAGAUGUUAUUCUUAGAACAUGGUGAUUUAGCUGACGGCUAUCCUUUGGCAGACUAUAUGGUUGGUCCUUUGCGUUUGGUGACCCUGAAGAGACAAGUAAUCGCAUAAAAGGUGACAUGUUCUUUUUAAAUGUUUAAAAAUGACCAUGUUUCCAUUUCCUUCUUUAAAGACUUACUACAAUGACAACUUCAGUUCGGUUAAGAAUUAUUCUUGGAGAGAACAACUCCCAGAGGGUGAUUCUUCAAGAUGGACUGCCUACUUCUGUUGCUGAUUUAUCAAAGGAAAUUGCAAAGCAGUGCAGUCUCCAAGGAAAUUUUAGAUUGCAAUUCAUGGACCCAGACUUUGACAAUGACUUCAUGAAUCUCAUGUCCACAUCAGAAAUCCAAGACAAAAGUACCCUGAAAGUGGUAUUGCUGGUAACAUCAAGUGACCGUGAUGGCUUACCCAUACCACAUGUGGAAACAUCUCAAAAUGAAAGUGCAUGCUCUUCACUAGCUCCGUCACUCUUGUCCUGUGACACCCUUGUAUUGUCUAGUCCAUCUACUUCAGCAAACUCUGAAUCUUCUGCAAGUUUGGCUCCUGUGUUGUCAUCUAGUGUAAAGUCAUCUGCAUGGCCAGCUGAAUUCACUGUGCCCCGUUUCACAUAUGAUGCUGAGCUCAAACUGGAACAAGGAAAUGCAGCCUUUAAAACACAGGGCACUUUUCUCAGUCCUGACCCAAAGCUGAAAAUGUCCAUUUUAGAUGGACUUGCAGAAGAAAUUGUGAAAUACAAACUUUACCCCUCAGAUGGAGAAUAUGGUCAGGUGGCUGAAGCGCUCAUUAAAAAGCACCCUUGCUUAAAAGAGAGAGGUUCUGUAACUGGAUACAGUGGAUGGAAAGCCAGUUUAAAAUAUAAACUUGGCAAUUACAGAACAAAAUUGAGGAAUAUCGGCUGCACAGAAGUCACGGUUAAUUCAAUCAAGCAUAAGCCCGAUGGAAUAUCCAGUCCUGCAUAUCGUGUAAAAAAACCACGCAAGGCUGAGGUGAACUACUGCCCUUCCCAUCCACAAGGGGAAACGGAUGAAACUCUUGAGGCAGUCAGACAGACGCUUCUAAAUGAAGUAAAAAAGAAGAACAAUGAGAAGAAUGUAAGAAUGCUGAUGGACAAGAGUUUUUCCAUCAGAAGGCAUGAGGUGAUCCAGGAACCACUUAUUGCAGACUUCAAAACCAGGUGGCCUGCUCUUUUCCGAACAGAAGAGGUUUGUGCAGAAUUUGAGAGAAUUUCAACAGUCCCGUUGGUGUCAACAUUCUUUGCCAAGAUGGAUGCAUACAUUGCAAAGCUUAUGAAGAUUUUUGCGAACAGAGGUGGCGUCGCUGGGCGAAGAAUUAAAACCCUCUUGCUUCCUACUACACAGACUGAUGCCAUUGAAGUGAAGAGGGAAUGCAUAACCAAAUCCCUGUGUGUUUACCUAAAUGAAGACCCUAGCAGUCUUAUUCUGGAGUUUAUGGAUACAGAUGGUGCCAGCGCUCAGGAGGCGAUCCAGAAAGCUGUAAUGGGGAUCUAUGUCAUAAGAUACGAAGGUACCAGCAUUGAAGACAGCCCAGCAGAUGUUGGAGUGGUGUUAGAAGGUGAAAAAGUUCUCCAGGACCUUUGCAGUGUACCAUAUGCAACAGCCAUGUUGCUGGGACUGAUAUACGGACUAAACUUAAACUACCUUCCUGAACUCAGGUACACUUUCGAGGCAUUCCAGAAGUUAUUUCUGGAGCUUGAUACCAACAAGUUAACCAAUAAAGUGCAAGCACUGAAGACAAAGCUCUUCUCUGAUGUGUUUGAGUAAGGUCUCUUUUUGGAAGGUUUUGUCGGUUACCUUUUAAAUGCCCAGUUUUAGGAAAUUAUGGUUGUUUACCAUUUUGCUGUUUUGAGUCGUUUUGUAAUGUGGGUUACACUUAUUCAACUUGUAUCUAUGUUCAAAAUUGUUGCAAGGUGACUAUUUCCAGUAGGUGCUCAGGGCACUUGUAAUUUUUGGUAAGAUCUAUCCAUUAGACUAUACAGCAGUGAUAUCAUUCAAGAUGUCAUUUGAUAGUUGUCGUUAGAUAUCCAUUCUUAGUGUAAAUUUAAAGUGUCUUUUACUUUAUUUUUAGAGGAAGUUGUGCAAGCUGCCAAUUUCUUGGAGGCUGCUUAGCAUAGAAGUUACUUAUUUUCUUUAAAAGUUGUUUAAUAUAUUACAGAAUUGAUUUCUAUAAAAUUUCUAACCUUGUGUUUUUUAUUUUUUUUCUGAAUUAAGAGGAAGAAUUUUAUUUUUGUUGGCUUUUCUCAAAUAAUGCUUUGAAACUACAAAACAAUGUUAAUCCAUUUGCAAGUCUGUAAGAUUGAGGAGGCUGUUUAAAUCUGUUUAUUGUGCUUGUUUAACAAAUACAGUUUUAUCAUUUGUUACAUAUCUUGCCUUUGAGUCAUUAAAUAGCACUUACACGCCCACACACAAAAAUGCUUUGUUGGAGGAAGUAAAUUUAAAUAGACACUCAUGAGUUAAAAGAACAAAAGCUAAUUGGAUGGAACCACUGUCCAUAAUUGAAUUGACUUGAUUGAAACCAAGCUUCUUACGUUGGCUGAAUUAAACAAAUUUGGCCAGUCUUUAGUAAACAAAAACAUGUUGAAUGAACUUAAUUGGUUUAAGUUAAAGGAAAGUGAUUCAAUUGAUUUGGUUGGACAUUACAAUUUCACAUUUAUGUUCUUUAUUCAUCUGUGUUGUCUCAACACAAUAAUUUUAAAUAGAUUGAAAACAUUCCAUUCAUGUUAAUAAAAAACUAUUUGGUUGUGUGGAACC